AUGGUUGAAAAGCUUUACGUCACGUACAAUGAUGUACACAAGCUCUGCCAGGAGUCGGCUCCCCAGAUCCUCUCCGACUUCCAGCCGCAGCUGAUGAUCGCCAUCGGCGGUGGCGGCUACGUUCCCGCUCGGAUCCUGCGUUCCUUCCUCAAGAAGCCCGGCAGCCCCAACAUCCCCAUUCAGGCCAUCGGUCUGUCGCUGUACGAGCAGCUGUCGACCGACUCGGUCGAGGAGGCGCCCGGGACAAAGGUCACGCGCACGCAGUGGCUCGACCUUAGCAGCCUCGGCGAGAUGAGCAACCUGCUCGGCAAGCGCAUCCUCAUCGUCGACGAGGUCGACGACACGCGCACCACGCUCGAGUACGCCGUCAAGGAGCUCGAGAAGGACGUCGAGACCGCCAGGGUCAAGGCCGGCUACGAGGGGCCCAAGACUGAGUUCCAGAUCUUUGUGUUGCAUAACAAGAACAAGAACAAGAAGGGCACCCUGCCUCAUGAAAUGUUGGAGAACGGAAAGUACAUGGCCGCGAGGACCGUCGAAGACGUGUGGAUUUGCUACCCGUGGGAGGCCGCCGACAUUGAUGAGCACGACAGGCUAGCAAGUCUGCAGAAGAAGGAUUAG